AUGUCGCAAACGAGACCCGACAAACUGCGCACUCGGACACUGACCGGCUGCUAUACCUGUCGUGAACGCAAGUUAAAAUGCGACGAUACUCGGCCCGCCUGCAAACGAUGCAUCGCCCUCGGCGUCGAAUGCCAGGGCUAUGGGGUCAAACUGUCGUGGCUGUCUUACAACAAGGACCGCCCUGGAACGAAGGAGACUGAUCCGGAACUCCAGAGGACGAAGUGCUCGGCCAAAGGAAAGAAGAACACUUCAUCUGAGCCUGCUCACCGCCGUCGCCCUUUGUUUACGGAUCGAGAAAGGGUGGACAUGGUCCGUAAGAUACAGAAGGAAUUCCUCAAUGGAGAUCAAGAUGGAAACAUCAAUCGCGCCAUUGAUGACCUCGACGCUCUGGGUGAGCAGCUUUCUGGCCGUUCACUGCUUCGCCACGAUAUUGGCCCUUUCGGCGUCUUCCUCCCAGAGUCUGUCUAUCAGCCCGGAAGGGUUGAGGAUGAUGUCCUUGGCAGUCCCGAAACCGAUGUGCGUUCCUCGACACAUAUACAGAGCGAGCCAAGCCCUGAGGAUGUGCCGACCGGACUGUUCGACAUGAGCCAGGCGAUUGCUGGCUCCAGUGAAGAGAUCGCAAUGCCCUGGCUUGAUGGCAUGGGGGAGCUUGCCCUGCCUUGGCUUGAUAUGACGCAUGACAACGCUGGGGCGACAAUCUCAGACCAACUCUUGCGACCAGGGCACGCUGGUAUAUCGAAUGGAGCUGGAGGCUAUGAUUAUUCCUCCGGACCCUUCGAGACGCCUGAUCUAGGACUGGCUGAUUCAUCCAUGCAAAGUAUUUUCGCACCAUUUGACCCUAACCAUAUAUCCCCCGUGAUUCGUACGAGGAAUGGCGAUACUCAGAGACAGAACUUCACGCUGUCCGCGACGGUGGACCAAUUACAUUGGUCGGGACAGCCAACUCUAGAAAGGAUUCCAAGGUCGUUGUCCAACAUUGAGAACAUAUCCAAGAUCCCCUCCGAGGCCCGCUUCCUACUCGAAUAUUAUUCCACUGAGGUGGUUGAUUACAUGUGUCAUCUACCCAAUCCUCAGUCACCCUGGAGGACUAUUCAUUUCCCGUGCGCUAUGAGCACCAUGGCAGACCUCCUUGUUUUCGGAAGCACCAACAGCGCAAGAAUGGCGCUCUUCUAUGCCCUACUUUCAAUCUCAGCUAACCAUCUCGGGUCCAAAAUCCCCUGGUCCAUGCGACUCGAGAAACGCUCCCAAGAUGCGACGAGAUACUCUGCCUCGGGCACUCCUCCAUCCAACUCAAACGAGAUGUGUAAUUACUGGUUGGAAAAAGGAUCAUCUUUCCAGGAUAUGGCAACGGCUCAAAUUCAGCUCUGUCUCCAUUCCCAGCACGAAAACUAUGACGACCAAGAAGUGUACAGGGAGUUGUUGAUGACAUUGCUGAGUAUGGUGACCAUCAGUGUGACAAGCGGCAAGCUCAACAGUGCUCACAUCUACCUACAACAUGCGAAGAAGAUGAUCGACAUGUACGUUGGGGGACGAGCACGCAACUCGUCUUUCAAAUCCAGCAAAGUCGCUGCAUUGCAUCAGAUCUAUUCCUAUCUCUACAUUAUCUACACCAGCACCCACGUCUCUAGAGCGCUGCCUGGCCCUGAUCAGGCACAGUACGGCAUCCCGCAAGCACUAGCUGGUGGAGAGCCAGGCGGCUUCACUUCUCGGAUCCUAGGACCAUCGUUGUCACCUGCUCUUCAUAGCAGCCUCGAUUCGCUCGCCCAACACAAAGAUGACUACCACAUGUUUGUUCGCAUAUAUGGUGUGCCGCGGUCUCUGCUCACCCUAAUAUCCAAAGUGUCCAACCUGGCCAAAGAGCUCGAAGAGGAUGGCCAGACUCCCGGCAGCAGUUCUUCUUCAAACUGCGGUUUUCAACACCGUUGUGAGGCUCUCGAGGAACAAAUCUGCAAUUGGCAGCCUUCAGAUGAGGAGACGUGCGCGGUAGAGUCGUCGUCGGCAUACGAUCCUCAAAUUGGAUCACACCUGGUGCAAGCCAUGCAUGAUGCGCUGGUUGUGACGUUCUUCCGUAGGGUGAGGUCAGUCAACCGCAUGGUGCUCCAGCAUUAUGUGGAGAGCGCAGCAGACCACCUGAACGACCAGGAAGAGAUCAAAAUGCGGACGGGCAUCAACGCUCCAGCGCUUCUGUGGCCUUGGUUCAUGGUGGCUUCGGAGGCAAUACGGGAACCCAUCAGACAGAAACUGCGCAUGUGGGCCAGUCUAGCCAGACGAUACGGCGGUCGAAACCUUGAGAUUGCCGAACAGGUGGUGGACGAGGUUUGGAGGAGAUAUGACCAGAAGCUCCCCUAUGCUUCAUGGGUCGAUGUGGUGCGAGAAUGGGAUGCUACGCUUGUCUUGACAUGA